CAGCCUUUAAGCCCUCCAAAAGGACAAGUGCCCAGAAAAAUCAAAAAAUUGCCAACCAGAAAACUUAACAUUUCAUCUCCUCCCAUCUCUCUAUAGUCUAGUCUCUCUUACACUCAAAGACCCAUAUAGAGAAGAAGAGACAGAAGAGGAAGAAGAGUAGAGACAUUUCAUCAUUUUUCUUUUACAUUCUAUCUCUCUCUCAUUCUCCUUCUCCAUUUUCAUUAAGCUUUCAUUUCUGUAGAUCUGAUUUUUGUUUUCCUUUUCUGGGUUUUGAAGAUUUUUGGGGCACAGUGCCCCAACAAACAAAAGGAAGAAUGUAUUCUGGGGUUAAUCCAUUUGAAGCAGCUGGUAUGGGUUUACAUGAAGAUUUACAAGGAUCUUAUGAAGGACAUAAUAGUAUUCAUGCUACUGAUGCUUGUUUAGUUCUUACUACUGAUCCAAAACCUCGUCUUCGUUGGACUGCUGAACUUCAUGAAAGAUUUGUUGAUGCUGUUACACAACUUGGUGGUCCUGAUAAAGCAACACCGAAAACCCUCAUGAGAACAAUGGGUGUUAAGGGCCUCACUCUGUAUCAUUUGAAGUCUCAUCUUCAGAAAUAUAGGCUGGGGAAGCAAGCAGGGAAGGAGUUCAGUGACAACUCAAAAGCUGUUUCAGGUAUUAUGGAAAAUCAAGACAUAGGUUCAUCGCCUUCAACACGGACAACAGCUCAGGAUUUGAACGAAAGCAACCUGGUUACUGAGGCUUUGCGAGUCAAUAUGGAGGUUCAGAGGAGAUUGCAUGAGCAGCUUGAGGUCCAGCGUCAUCUUCAUCUGCGAGCUGAGGCACAAAGCAAAUACCUGCAAUCCAUACUCGAGAAAGCCUGCAAAGCUCUGAAUGAAUCACUUGGCCUUGAAGCUGCUAAUCAAGAGCUCUCAGAAUUGGCGAUCAAGGCUUCAAGUGGCUGCCCUGAAAACAACAGCCAAAAAAUUCGGACGUUCUCUGAAAUUGCAGGGGAAGAAAAACCAGGGUCUAGUGAGCCUGGUCCGGUUGGAGAGACUGUUGAAAGCUGCCUCACUUCAACGGGGAGCCCUGUAUCUCCAGUGGCGACGAAGAAAAGACCCAGACCAAUCUUCACAACUGGGGAAUCCCCUAGUUGGGAAAAUGACUUACGGCAAGAUGUUGGGUGGAUGAUGACAACUAUUUCGAUGAAAAGCUUCACGACCAAAAUGACUUGUCUGGUGAAUAGAUCAAUAAUCAAUGGUACCAACUGCGGAAUUAGUGGUGAUGUAUAUUCUUCUUUGUGGUUAGGCAAUUGUACUGAAACUGAUAAACUCUCAAAUACAUUUUAGUUGCACCCAACGAUUCUGCAUCCUCGGUAAAUGCUGAAUGUACUUGGCUUCAGCUUUUCAUUAUAUCGGUAAAUGCUGAAUGUACCUGGCUUCAGCUUUUCAUUAUAUUUUAGCUCUAAUUGGCAAAAAUGCUUAUUUGCUUUG